AAUAACGCGAAGUUUUGCUAUUAUGAUGAAAUAAUUAUGCAAUUCUAUUUUUUCUUUUUAUCAUCAUUACAUUACAUUUAUCAAUCGGUUUUCUUUUCCAUUCUGAAAUACUUUUUCCGUAAAUUUUAUCUGACCGCAUUGUUUUGCAAAUUUAUCAGUUUACUAACUUUUCUUCGUUAUAUAUUAUAUAAAUAUUUAUUUUUCAUAUUAUUACUUGAAAAAAAUAAUAUAUAACAAUACUUAACACAAUGUACGUGCAUUUUGGAGCAUACUAGCACGUUUGUUUGAUAAAAAAAAAAUUUAUCGUGGCUUAUCAAUUAUGGAUCAUCGACCAAGUCGGGUUCGAAGCAGUCACGAAGGUUAUCCGGAAAGGAUGAAAGUUUACAAAGAAUGCCAAGCAAAAACGCUACUCGAAGCUAAAAUAUCGCCUCGUCUAUUUAAGGGUCAUUCUAAUCAUUCCCAAAUAAUUGAGAAAGUUGAAAAAUCGCAGAAAAAAGAAACAUUCUUUGACAAUGAAGAUUUCAAGAUAGUCAGAGCAAUGUCGUUAGCAUUAUCGAUUUUGACCUUGUGCUAUUAUGGAUCAACGGAGUACAAUGUUUUGCAGAAUGGGCAGAUUCUUCGCGGUUUCCCCUCGAGAAAGACCGUCGUGACAUUUAGCUUCGGCUAUUCCGUCUCACAUUCCAUAAUAUCAGCCAUUGCAACUGGCAUGCUUAUUUAUUCCAUUAUCAUGAAGCGACCGCAAUUUAGUUUGCCUUUCAUAGGCUUCUUUUUGGCCGAACUGGUGUGCGAUUUCUGUGACGUGGUCAUAAUGAUUUGGUAUCUUUUCGAAUAUCUUCAAAUACAACCCGCAUUAUUUUAUACUGCAGGACUCCUUCUACUGAUCUUGGCAGAAAUAUGGACAUGGUUAGGUGUUGUGAGGCUCUAUGAACAUCGAAACUUCAAAACGCACUAGAUGACAAUGAUGAACGUCAAAGCCACGAAAAUCGAUUCGAAAAUUUGUAUUCAAAUUUAUGA